AUGAUUUCAGCGGCGUCGCUCGAGGCACCUCCUGGAGCAGCACGCGAUCCCUCGGCCUGGAUGUGGGCGCCAACGAUACCGCCGCCGCCAGGUGCGACUGCUACAACUCCCUACUGGGAGAUGCCUAUGCCCAUGGCUGAGCGACCAGGCAGUGGGCAAUCGCCAUCGCGGUACAUGAUGUACCGCUCUGAUGCGGAACAUAACCUUCUCGCUCCCACCCUGAUGGCGCAAGCGCCGCCGCAUCCAUCGGCCGCGGCCGCUCCUGCACCUGCUGCCAUGUACCCAUUCCCAAUGGCCAUGCAUCCUGACCCUGCUGCUAUGGCCCGUAUGCCCCCCAAUGCCAUACCCAAUGGCUACACUAUGGUGCCCUUCACGGGCGCCUACCCCAUGAUGGAUGCCCAGUCUCUUCCUAUGAUGAUGCAGAUGACCAAUAUCCCGCCGUAUUCCCUCCCUAGCCAAGAGCGUCCGCCUGAGAUGGACGCUCGUCACGAUUCGUUCUCCGAAACAUGGGGCUCCAUUUCCUCUGACACGAGUCAAACAAUGUCCACGGGUCGUGUCCCCAACAUGGAUGACCUUCUUGCUCUCUCACGGCAAGCGCAGCUGGACGGCGAAGGUGGCCCCAACGCCAAUGUGUUUGUGUGCCCUCAUUGCGAGAAGCGCUAUGUGGGCAAGCAUGCGCGCAGUAUCUGGCGUCGUCAUCUCCAAGACAAGCAUGCAAUCCCACUCAGUGUACAGCCACGCCGGACUCGCUGGGACCGCGAUGCGAAUCGCCCCCGCAACGCAGCGGAGCGCCGUGAGCGCAUGCUGGAAAGCAAGCGUCGUUGGGCCCGCAAGAAGCGUGAACAGGAGCGCCGCGCUGCUGCGGCGGAGCGGGCCGCCGCGAACGGCUCUGAGCCUCCCGCGUCGGUCGCUUCGAAGGAGUCCACCCCGGCGCCGACCUCUAUGUCAACCUCGUCGAGCACCAAACCUGUGUCGCCGUUGGUCACCAAGGUGGCGCCUACGCCGCCUCGCUCUGUACUUACUAUGCGCGACCAGAACGUGCCAGUAUCCUCUCGUUCUUCGAUGGCCAUGACCAAGUCGCCUGGCUUCUUGGACAACAAGUUGUAUAUGCCAUCGUCCUUCCAAUCUACGCCGCUGCGUGGCGGCAAUGCACAUGCGAUACAUGGCCAUAUGCCCAGCCCGAGCGACGCUCGGCAUGCGCCUGACUCGGCUCGCCGCGGUCUGGCGCUGGCGCCCCCGUCGUCGCUGACCAAGCGUACGUCAUCGGAUCGUGCUGCCCUGGCUGCGUUUACCCGUAUUGAUCCUACCCCUCGCAUGUCCUCGCAUGGCCUCUCGCGCACAAAUGAGAUGCCGGCGAGCCCUACAGUGCGCUCGAUGAAAGCUUCGCGCGAGUCGCGUGGCGAUCAGUUCUCGAGCCCCCAGCAUUUGAACCUCACACAGAGCCUUGGUCUUGCUCCCCAUUCUGCGACCAAGGGACAUGGUGGCUUCACGUCUAUGUACCCCUCGAAUGUGAACAUGACGCCCAUGGGCGCGUCAGGCACGCCCUUUGGCCGUAUGCCGAUGGGCCUUACACCGACGAUUAGCGGGCUGCUGCGUGGCAGCGGUGCUGAUAUGACGGGCAGCGGUUUGCUAGGUGGUAGCGACUUGAGUGGCUACAUGAUGGGCCUUUCUGCCAUGGAAUCGCCUCGUAUGCGUAGCGUGCGCCGGACGCCGCGGCGAUCAGGCGUUUCCUUCCACUCUAGUUCCGAGCGAGAUGACGAUGAUGAUCUGGACCAGGAUGGCGAGAUGCGUAUUAUCUCGCCUUCUCUUCGGCAACGCGUGCGUGGCAAUAAGCCUUCACCUCAAGAUACACCGUCCAAGGUCGCACCACCGAAGCGUGUGUCCGCUUCGACUCCCCUGGGUCCCCGCCGCACUCCUGGUAGCGUGACGCGUUUGCGAUGA